GGACAGGAAACCCUAAAACCCUACGAGGCCGUAGCUGUCUGGGGUUUUGGUGUCGAAGCCGUGAAGGCAGUUGGGGAGAGGGGAUCUUAGAAGCUGGAGCGGUGCGAGAAAAUGCUCUAAACCUCCUGACAGGGGUUUAACGAAAAAAAAAUCUUUUACAGGAAGUGUAGAAUUGGGCGCAAUGGCAGCUUUAGCGAAGAGAUUGUCGCGAUCGGGUGUGUCUCGCUUGCUCGUAUCCUCCAGCAGUGCUUCUUCCGGGGCUUGUCGAGUGCAGGGUUUGGAUGAAUCAGGGAAUGCUGUCAAUUGUGCCGUGGUUUCCUCGCCAUUUUCUUCCAGUGCGGUGGAGCGGGCUUCCUCAGAUUUGAAGCCAAAGCCGGAGUUGAUGCAAAUAGUCGUGAAUCUUUGUGAAAGAGGUGUUAGUCGUAAUAGUAUCUCUAGUGCUGCGCGAUGGGUAGAGGGAACCUCAGGAUUUGCGGCUCCAGCUGGUCAAUUGUCUACUUUGGGAGUCAGGAGAUUUUCAGCUGUGGCAUCCGUGGGAGGAGGCGACGGCCUUAAUAAAAUCGGAGGUGAAGGUGGAAUUAGUGUUGGGGAAGAUAGUCAGUUGGAAGAUGUUUCGUCGUUGUUUUCCUCUGCUUCUAGUCUGGUGGAUGUCACUGGCGAUGAUGUCCUGAAGUACAUCAAUUUCAGUGAAGAAGACCUGUCGAAGUAUUUUGGAGAGGGUUUACCCGGAGGUUUAGUUAAGGAAUUUGAAGCUACAAAAGCAAAUUCUUUGAUGAUACGUCCAAACGUGUUACAAUUAUGCAAUUUUUUGGAGAGACACGCCACAGGAAAGGAUUGUUUCCAGCUACUUGCUGAGGAUGCAGAUGCUACAAAGCCCAGGAAACAUAUUUUAUUAGACGGACCAACAGGAAGUGGGAAGAGUGUUGCCUUGGCAAUGCUUGUGCAAUGGGCUCGUGCUCGAGGAUGGCUUGUAUUCUACAUUCCCAGUGGGAAGGGGUGGACCCACGGAAGUCUGUACUAUAGGAAUGAAGAAACAGGCCUUGUAGAGACUCCGCAGACGGCUCAGAUGGCUUUGGAGGGAUUUCUCAAGAGCCACUCAGAACUUUUGGAUACUUUGCCAUGCAACAUUUCCGACCCAGUACCUCUUGGAGAAGGAGCUGGAGUGCCUCGCGUCCGGGGUCCGCAGGAAUUUACUUUACCUGAAGGAGCAACAUUGAAACAAUUGGUGGAAAAAGGACUAUCAAUGUCUCAUGCAGGAGUAGGCGCUGUCGUCAGGCUGCGGAAAGAACUCUCUCUUGUUAAAGAUGUCCCUGUUUUAAUUGCAAUUGACGAUUACAACAGUUGGUUUGUCUUCAGCGAAUAUGGAGUGAAAGCCAAGAAACCCAUACACGCCCAUCAACUUGAAAUGGUUCGUGCUUUUCGACCAAUGAAAGGAUCAAAGGAAAUGAUGGUUACAGCAUUUUCUCAUUCAAACGCUGUGGGAAAGCUUCCCUUACAGUUACCGGAUAUUCCCAAAGGGGCCCGGUACAACUUUGCUCGAUACAGCCCUGUUGAGGCCAAUUCUGCUCUUCAGUACUACCACAGUCGAAAAUUAACUGUUGAAGAGCCAGGGGAUGCAGAAGUGAUCAGGCUUUAUUACCUCACAGGUGGAAAUGGGAAAGAGAUGAGAAAUCUUUCUAGAUUUUUGUAAUGGCCCCUGAUAAUCCUCACAUCUAGGUGGAAAAAGGGCUGAAAAAUUUGUAGGUAGAACGCAGGCACAUGCCAACAUUUUCAUCACAUCAGUGAGUAGUAGGGAUAGAUCAAAGUAAAAAAAUCCUUUAGUCGUUUGGAUAUCAUCUCAUUUUCACGGAACUUACUCCAGAUUCAUUUCAAAUGAUAUUUGGUUCUGGUGAUGAAAUUUUCAAUUCCCAAUGUCCAGUUGUGGGUGUUAGAUGUGGCUUUACUGAACACCCACAUGCUCACGGAUGGAGAAAACGAGCACUCUGUUGGUGUGGACGUCUCCGAAGUCUAAUGGAUUCUCCGUUACGUUCUUUUUAUU